CCUCUCUCCUCCCCUCCCUCCCCGCCCUUAUGACCCCCUGGCCCCGGGGGCAGCAGAGAGGGGAUGGCUCGCCGGACUCGCGGCAUCGAGGAUCAAGAUGAGUUGCACUGUCAGGACACAGAUUCGGAUGUGCAAGAACAGAGGGAAAAUAAAUGCAAGGUCAAGUGGACUUACCAAGAGGAUGAGCAGCUGAAGGCUCUCGUGAAGCAGUAUGGGCAACAGGACUGGAAGUUUCUUGCAAGCCACUUUCCUAAUCGCAGUGAUCAGCAGUGCCAGUAUCGCUGGUUGAGGGUCUUGAAUCCAGACCUCGUCAAGGGACCUUGGACAAAAGAAGAAGAUCAGAAGGUCAUUGAACUGGUGAAGAAAUAUGGCACCAAACAAUGGACGUUGAUUGCCAAGCAUCUGAAAGGGCGUCUGGGGAAGCAGUGCAGAGAGCGCUGGCACAAUCACCUGAACCCAGAGGUGAAGAAGUCAUGCUGGACAGAGGAGGAGGACCGCAUCAUCUGUGAGGCUCACAAGGUCCUGGGCAACCGCUGGGCUGAGAUUGCCAAACUUCUCCCUGGAAGGACUGACAAUGCGGUGAAGAACCACUGGAACUCUACCAUCAAACGGAAGGUGGACACUGGGGGCUUCCUGAAUGAGACAAAGGACCCUAAGUCUUUGUACCUGCUGGUGGAAGUGGAGGAUAGGGAGGGUCAGACGAGCAUCCAUUCAGCAGAGAGCCAGAAUAACGUUACUACUGAUUGGUCCACUGGGGUCAUGGAAGUGAAGGAGGAAGUCAGUGAGGAGGAGGUAGUGGCCACAUCAGGUGUUAAGGCCAUAAUCACCCCUACGGAGCAGCAAAAGGGGUCUCAUGAGGAGCCAGCCGAAGACCUGAUCCCUGAUCCCAUGGAGGAGACUCCCAAGGACCUGAAGUCUGAGGAUUCUCCAAUUGAAGUUAGCUCCCCGUACAAGUGGGUGGUGGAAGCUGCUAACUUCUUGUGUCCGGCUACGAUGCCGAACCUGACGGAUGCCCUGGAUCUGAUAGAAUCGGAUCCCGAUGGAUGGUGUGACCUAAGUAACUUUGAUCUGCCUGAGGAGUUAUCCAACGGUGGUGCUAACAGCAGCGGCAGUAGCAGCGACAGCCCAGUUAAACAGAUGCUCAACAAGCCAACGGUCUUUGCCCACAGCAUGACGGAGUACCGUCUAGAUGGACACACCAUCUCUGACCUGAGCAAAGGCAGCCGAGGGGAGCUGAUCCCCAUCUCGCCCAACACCGAAGUCAGCUUUAGUACCCCGCCCUCCAUUCUCAAGAGGCAGAAGAAGAGAAGGGUCACUCUUUCUCCUGUCACAGAGAACAGCCCCAAUGCCAGCUACUCCUUUGUGGAUUCCUGUAAUAGUCUCACUCCCAAGAGUACGCCGGUGAAGACGCUUCCUUUCUCUCCAUCCCAGUUUUUAAACUUCUGGACCAAACAGGACACUUUGGAGCUAGAGAGCCCUUCACUGACAUCCACACCUGUGUGUAGCCAGAAGGUCAUCGUCACCACCCCGCUGCACCGGGACAAGACCCCACUGCACCAGAAGAGCAAUGCAUUCGUUACCCCGGAUCAGAAAUACUCAAUGGACAACACUCCCCACACACCUACCCCUUUCAAGAAUGCCCUGGAGAAGUAUGGACCACUAAAACCUCUGCCCCAGACCCCGCACCUGGAAGAAGACUUGAAGGAGGUUCUUCGGACUGAGGCUGGCAUUGAGCUGAUCAUAGAAGAUGAUGUGAAGCUUGAGAAGCAAAAGAGGAAACAAGGACUACAUCGGAGUCCAAUUAAGAAAGUCCGAAAAUCCCUUGCCCUCGACAUAGUGGAUGAAGAUCUGAAGCUUGUGGUGUCUUCCCUGCCAAAGACUGUGUGUAUCAAAAGAAACCAGCCAACAAGCUUCUUGUCUAGCUCCCUCAGUCUGACCUCCUCAAGCAGCAAAGACGACAAUAGUUUGCUCAACCAAGGGUUUCUACAGGCAAAUCCGGAGAAGGCUUCAUUCCCGAAGACACUGAGCCAUUUCCAGGGCCCUGCCCCGAUGUCCAGUGCUUGGAAAGUUGUGGCUUGUGGUGGAACCAGAGACCAGCUUUUCAUGCAGGAAAAGGCCCGGCAGAUCUUGGGUACCCUAAAGCAGAGCCACACUUCUCGGACUCUAAUCUUGUCAUGAAAAAUAUGGGAUUUUGACGUUGUAGUUGGUUUUUCUUUUCUGACUUUUUUUAGGGGCAUAAAAAUGUGUUCCCUGGCUCAGGUGUCUCCUAAGCAGGGUAUGAAUUUGAAAUUUUAUUUUUUCAAAAUAACUUAUUAAAAAAAAAGUUUUCAGGGGCUUAAUUGGAUUUUGUGGUACAAGAGAGAAGUCUGCCUCUACACUCCUUCUGUGGAUUCACGUGGUAGCUGCAUAGAGAGAAGUGUGAUUUUUGGAUCUGUCUUGGGGGGAAGAAGAACACUGGAUCCUUUCCUUGGUUCUGCAGAAUCUCUGCCCUGGGAUCUGGCUUUUCCUUUCCCUUCCAUGGACAUUACCUGGUGCUUCCGAGAAACCUUGAAACUCAGUGUCCUACUGCCAUGUUAAUACCAGGAAAGUUGGGUUUUUCCCUAUUCGCGUGUUUUCAGCAUGAUCUCGCCCUUCUGUUGAAGACCUUGAAAGGGAGGAUCUCCGGGGAAUUCCUCUUGAAUUUGGGCGCCUGUUCAGCCAAGACAAGGUGGUGUCCAAGGGGCCAUAGAGAGUGUCAUUCAUUGUCUCUCAGCUGGUCCUUUUUCCCCACGUUCC